CCUACGCUUUUUCUUACAAUAACCUUCAAAGUACAAUUGAAUUCUCUAAUUUUGACUCAGUUCACGGCCAAUCUUAUGUAGCCACAUAAAUUACGCUCCUCACUGUAAUUGCAGAAAUAAACAUAAGAUAGAGACAUAUUCGGUAAAAUACACGUCAUGUAUCUGGAUGAAAUAGAGAAUUGUUUGUGCAUAUUUUUAGCUUUGAGACACAAUAUUUCUCGAAAAAAAAAUAAAACAUCACCACAUUUGCACAUAUUCCAAUACUCCCAUGACAAGACGAUACUACAAUUCUUUCUGAUGAUUUUUUUUUCUUAUUUUUCCAUGUUUUUUUUUCUUCCCUCUCUCCGCCCAGUGAGAAAAUCAGUCGCACAAGCACUGAAGAAAAUCUUCUAGCGUAGCGAAAAACGCAAAUUCAAAUCAAACACUUGCCCUCCACCAAGGCAUAUAAUAGUUGAGAACACUCUGAAUCUCUUGCAAAACAAUAAUUUCUCAAGUCCAACAAUGAAUAUAGAAAUUUCACAUCUGAAAAUGGCAAAUUCCGGCGAAACAGGAACAGGAGUUGAUUCAGCCUACAAGAAUAAUUACGUGAGCGGUGCCAACAAAUACUGGCCGACACUCUUCAAGCUCGUCGAAUUGGCACUUGCAAUCGUCUGCAUCGGAUUGCUCGAUGAUCCCGCCAACAACACCCACUACCGGACAUUCGUCACCCAGCGCACCAUCGCCCUCUGCUAUGCCACCUUCGGGGCGUACAUCAUCAUCAGCGGAGCUUAUCUGCUUGGGAAGGUCUUCCAGGACACGAUGACCUGGAAGACAGCGGCUCUCCUGAACUUCAUCGGAGCCAUCCUCUUCGUGGCCUGCGGCGCUGCCCUCCUGCGCGACUGGUCAGAGACGAAGAAUCGCAACUAUUGGCACCCCAACACCCAGCGAAUGGAUCUACUCUGCGCCGCUGGAUCAGUCGCCGUGGUUGCAGCAGUGGUCUUCCUCGUGGACCUCCUGGCAACGAUGCGACAAGGCGUUCGCGGGUAUUUGGAGUAGAAAUCCACCCGAUAAUCACCGCCCAUCCUCGAAUCUUCCCCGUAGAAGCAUUCCUGAGAAUAUUUCUUGCGGAAUCUUGACAAAAUAUGCGAAUAUCAUUCCCUUUUAUCUUCUAUCACAGACAUUCUUUUGACGAUUUUAAAGCAUUUUAUCUUAUAUAGAUGAGCAAUAUAAGUAGAGAGCACAAGUUAAAUUGUAAGGCAAAAUUGUUAUAUCGAAUUAACAAAGAUAAAAACGUCCAGGAAUUCCGUCCAUUUAUCACACAAAUUUCCCUUGAUUCCGCGAUAGGAGGCAAUUUUUUUUUCUUAAUGAAGGUGUGAAUAAAAAUGUGUUCCAAAAGUUGAAUUUAAUGAAGAGUUAUUUCUGGAAUUUGCCCAAAUAAAGACACCUUCAAUUUUGGCUCCUGUUGUGAAAAUAAAUCAAGGAUUAUUUCAUAAAUAAGACACUUUUUUCGCAAGAAAAAAUACCAAAUAGUAGAUUGUAAGUUGAAUAUUUUGCAUUCUUUCGAGACGAUUAAAUGUACAAAUCAAUCAAUUUUGAUCAGAAGAAUACGAAAAGGUGAAAGAAUUUAAUCUUUCAAGGUGGAGAAGAAGAAAUCUCAAUUAUAUCAUUAUUUUAUAAACUCUUUUUUUUGUUCUAUCCAUCGAAUCGACCCCAUUUUAAUUAUUAUUAUGUAUUUUUUACUCUGCAGAGAAGAAUCAAUCGUAGAUUGUAAUGAAGAAUUUACUACUUAUCAAAUUACCAUGUUAGCAGCUUAAGUGAUGAAGAUGAAAAUCUAACGAAAUAACUACGUGUCCGACCAGAGUAAAUGUAAUUUUCAUGUUAGAACUCUUUAAAGUAAUUAUUUUGUAGUAUGAAUCCCGUGUAAUAAAUGAGAAUUGAAUAAAAUGAAAGCACACAAACGUGUUACAACAUUAA